AUGAUGAUGCAGACGAUUCAUACCCAGCGAUACCAGAGCGGGAAUUCCGCCACCUCGUCUUCCUCCUCGAAGAAGAGCACGAAACAACAACCUUCGUCGUCGUCGUUUCGCCUUUGCGGGAGUGGUGGUGCCGCUGCUUUGAGGAAAAGCGGUUUUAAUGGUGGCGAGAAAAUGAAUAAGAGGAGGAGGGGGAGAUGUGCUUUGAUGAGUGCGGCGGAAUCUUCCUCGGAAGAAACGACGGGGGAUUUCGAAGCCGCGCUCGAUCCGGUGUAUAAAAACAUCUUCUACGACGUUCCAGUUUCCAACAACGGCGCGAGGAACCGGUUAAUUAUUUGCUGGAAAAACAUCGAGGAUGAGUUUGAGUUUAAGAAUCCGAGCACGUUAGGGGGCUUGAAGUCGCCGGAGUUUCUGGAGAUGCAUCCGCAAGGGAAAAUGCCCUUACUGGUGACGAAAGACGGACAAGCGAUACCAGAGUCGGAAGUGAUCAGUCAGUAUUUGUGCGACGCGUUCGAGAAGCAAGGUCCGAGUUUAAGGCCGGAGACGUUGGAGGCGAAGACGGCGUGUAAUUUGGCGACGAGGUGGCACGACGUGUAUUUGACGCCGAUUCAAGGGUGCAUGUAUCGAGGACCGAUGUCGCCGGAGGUAAGGGCGGAGCAAAUUAGCGAAAUCGAUCGGUUGUUGGACGUUAUGGAGAAAACCGUCGGUGGGUUUGAACCUGGGCCGUAUUUGUGCGGAGAUAAGCCGUCCACGGCGGACGCGGCGUUGUUUCCGACCUUCGUGUUUAUGACCCACUUGUUGCCAAAGUACUUCGGGUGGGAGAACGUUUUCGACGGAAGACCGAGUUUGGAGAGGUGGUAUAAGCACAUGUCCACGGAAGACGCGUGCGCGAAGAAAAUUAAGAUGGAAGUUAUGGGCGGUUUGAUGGCGUGGGAUGAAAGCGAUAGGUACGAGAAGAACGGGUUAGUCGCCGCGGUCGCCAACGACUCCUUCCAGUGGAGCUAUUAA